GUUCAUAGAUUCCCUCUCUCCCGCAUGGAAAGCCCUAGGCCAAAAGAGCUUGGGUUUCCGGAUCGAACACUCGCUGAUCCCUCCCGUCUCUCUUGCCCCGAGCUAGCCUUCGGUUUGGCUGAAGAUUGAAAGCUGAAUCGCAGUGGAAGAAGCAAGAGAGUUCGCGUUCGGCUUCCUCGUAGAAGCAAGAAGCAGGUCUAGUUUAAACUCAUACAACCUGCUGGAGAUGAUUUUGAACAUUAUUUCAAGCUAUGGAAGUAGCAGUAAAGGAGCUCAAUGCUGAAGGAAAGGAAUCUGCACUUGUAACUCAUGGCAAGCACGAUGGAGAUGAGUGCAACCAUUUUACCAUCCGCGGUUAUGUUGCUGGUGUUCGGAAGAGAGAUGCAAAGAUUUGCUGGCCAUUAUAUAUGGCCGGGAAUGAAAGUUCAGAUGCACUUUCAAGCAUGCUGCCUCCGCUACAUGUUUCUAAGUUCAAGCGAUGGAGUUGCCUGAACUGUCUUCAUACAAUUUGCGCUUCUGCUGAUGUAACAGGAAGUGCAAACUUUACAAAUGUAUGUAAUGAAGAUAUGAAGACAAACAACUCCAUAUUUCUUUUUGAUCUCAAUGCAAAAAGGUUGUUUUUUUCUGGUCCUAAACAGUCUUUUGAAACCGUCAUACUUGAGGAGAGACCAGUUUCAGACUGUAUUAUCAAAGUCAGUCAUGGUGAACAUAGCCCAGUACCAUAUCACGGCAACAAAAAUAAUGAGUCCAAAACAGAUGAUGCGGCAAAAGAAGGAUACCAUGUAUUCACAUAUAGAAAUUUUAGAACGGAAGAAAAAGAAAAUCAUUCAUGCAAGUCUAUCACUGCUGUGGCUGAAGGUGAAGAAUUUCAAGCAGGACAAAGCCAAAAAAGAAACACGACAAAUAAGGAAAACAAGUUUAAGGCAGCUCUUCUUUUUGAUGAUGCUUCUCCCAAGGUUGGUGCCGAACCAAAUGGAGGUAUGAGGAUUGGGCUUUUUGAUGCAACUAUAAUUUUCAGAGGCACUGAUCUUGCAGCAUGUGAAAACAAAGAUGAUGAAGGGAUUACUGCAAAAGGCAACAUAAAUAUAGUGCCUGAUGGCAUGACCAAAGAAAGUAGAAAGUUAGUUGGGGUUGAUCUCUGCAUCCCAGAAGACGAUGUUCUAACUACUACUGCUGCUAAUCUCCCUAAUUAUGAUUUGAUGACAUUAGACCAGAACAAUGAUGAAGCAUCAUAUGGUAAUAAGAAUUUAUCAGAUGGCAUGUAUUUUAGCCGAAACCAGAAAUGUGUGUCUAGCAGUUCACAUAGAAAAGUGACCCAAAAAAGGGUUCUUAAGCUACGUUUGCUGGAGGACAUUAUGAAAAAUGAAGAGUUACACAUAUCAAAAAAGAUACAUACUUUUAAAGGAAGUGCGGAUACAUGUGAAAAGAGCCACAAAAGAUCAGAUGAAUGGAAAUGUGAAAUCCAUCCUGAAGACUAUAAAAAAGGCAAUUUCUUCAGGCAGAAUUGCAAAGUGAUACCAGCGAAACCUAUUAAUGCUACAGAAGCUACUCACAGCAAAGAUGAGGAAAUUUCUCUAAUGCAUUGGCUAAAGAAGGUUUCUAAGAAAAUUGUCACUGAUGAUUCUCAAAGAAAGAAAAACAUUGUUGGAAAAGGAUAUGCUGAAAUCAAGUGCAUAGAGAAUAAGGUUGUUACAUCUCCCAGUACACAUAAAAAGAAGGAUGCUGAUCCUCUUUCAAAAGGUUCUAGAGCGAGUAAAUAUAGUAAAAGUUGUACUGUUGAGAAGAAAAGUAAGUUUACUCGACUAAAACCAAGUGCCCAUUGCCUCAAGCCCCAGCUGGAAAAUUUGAUAUCUAAAGAUGCAUCGGUGAAACAUGUACCUCCUGAAAAUGUUUAUCCUCAACUGAGAAACAUAAUUUCUGAAGAUAUUUUGCCCCCUUGUCUUGAAAAUCUAGAGAGGAGUUGUGAGCAGAAGUCUGAAUUCAAUAGAAGGAAAAGGAAGGCGUUUCAAGUUAAGGACAGAAAUCCUUCCCAAAUAAACUGCUCAAAGAAACAAGUGAUAAAGAAACAAAGAAACAUGAUGCCUCUUGAAAAGAAAACUGUGGAUGACAUUCCAAUGGAUAUUGUUGAACUCCUAGCUAAAAACCAGCAUGAAAGAAGUAUGAUGAAUGCUGAGGUUUCUAACAUGAACAAACAUGAGUUGUCAAUGAUGAAUGGAGAGUUGAGACAUGGAAUUUAUUCAAAUGUAACUGGAUAUUGUGGAAGCAAGUUUCCAAAGGCAAUAUAUCAGAGACAGGCCAAUGAUACAGUACUUUGUAUUCCUACUGCUCCUCAUGGUAACCAGAAUGACGUGUAUGGACCAGAAGCCUGCAAAGCUAUCGAGUUCCAGAAACAUGCCCUUAUUGAUCUGAACCAACAAGCUGCAGAUUUUCUGGCAAUUCCACAAUAUGAUGGAUACCAACCCUGUACAACUCACCAUUCUGCUGUUGAUUCUAAGAAAACCAGUUCUUUUCAAAUUUCUUCUUGGGAUAGAAUGAGGAUGCAAGAUUCAGGAUUAUAUCAAAAGAAUCAGGGAGUUUCAGCUCAGAGAUCAUGUGGAGGACCUAUCCAUGAUAUGUCGUCACUAUCGUUAAAUGGCAGAAUAUUUGGAGUCAAUAAAAGGAAAGUUGAUACUUGUCACAAUCACGGGAAAAUGGUUCCUUUUGAUUCAUUUCUUGAUACAACUCAGAAGAUCGUUCCUCAAAAGACUGGUUAUCAGGAAUCAGUGAAUUUAACCAGCUCCAAUCUCCCAUAUGGGGAAGGAAAAUCCGAGCAAACAACAAAUGGAAUAGCUCUACCAGGCAGAUCAUAUCUCAUGGAACGAGCAAGUAGGUGCCAUCCAGGAAGAGCAGGGACGAUAGAUAUGCAUAACAAUGAAACAGUAUCGGCGUUGCAUUUGCUUAGGCUAGUUGAUCAGGCAGCUCAGUCAGGUCCAUCAUGGGAUAUUAAUUGUACAGGAAUUACCCAAGACUCCCGCUUAAAUUAUAAUCGUCAAUCCAGUGAGAUGCAUGGAGCAGAAGUUGGAGUUAAAAAUAGAAAGACCCAGGAAAUUCCAUCCACCACUGGAUACUGUGCUCAUGAUCAAACCGAAGGUGGUUUCAGCAGCCCUUGCCAUCCAUUUCCUCGAAUAGGUGCUCUUGGUUCUUUGCUGCAAAAUGAAAACAUGACUCUUUCAUACAAAUCUCUGGCACCAUUGGGUUCUAAAGCUGUGUGUUCUGCUGAACUGCCAUCUUUCUGCAUCUAUGACAUGGACAAAAUAGAUGCUCCUUCAGCCAGUAGUACAAAAUACAGAGACAACAAAAACCCUCCAUCUGUGACUACAAAUACCAAGCAGAUUGUUUCGGCUGAUCAGGUUGGAAUCAACAGAAAGGGUGAACAAGUCCAACCUUUGAGUUAUGAUCCCAUGACUAUAACCUGCGUUAUCAAUCGAAAUCCUGCUGACUUCAGCCAACCUGAUGAAGACAAUAUUUACAUGCGAGGAAAUGACUGAGCUCUGAAAUAUCAAACUCUCAUCAUGACGGGAAGAAGUGUCAGGUGCUGAAGAUGCUACUAAGAUGCAGCUUUCUCCCUCGAAAAAAGGUGACAAUCGAUGGAUGACACAUCCUACCAGCUUAUAUCUUUCAUCAGUAACUCUUCUGUGGCCUAUUCUUGUACGCAUUUAUAUGAUUACAUAUGAUCUAUAAUUUGGGUUUGCUAA